CCCCUCCUCAACCAUCAGAUCAACUGACUUCUCUCCUUUCAAACAGCACAAGGACCAUCCAACGGUCUGCACACUAGGCCCCACAAAUUGCCCAGCACUCUCGUUAACACAGAACUAUAUCCGACAUAAUUGCAACAAUAGGGACAUCAUUGACAAAUUCAAUCAUCAGAAGAUCACUCACACACAAAUGGAUACAAUUUAAUUCAGCAGGCCUCUAGUGUUGUGAUCUUAAGCAUUCAAAAGUUGGGCACAAAAAAAAAAAAAAAAAAAAAAAAAUUAUGGGCAGGAUUUCUUUUAGCCUUAUAGUAUUAGGCUUGGCGUGGCUAGCUGUUGGCGCAAGAGGUGAGCAAUGUGGUCGGCAAGCCGGGGGCGCGAUUUGCCCGAACGGGCUGUGCUGCAGCCAGUAUGGGUGGUGCGGCAGCACGUACGAGUACUGCUCGCCGGAGGUGAAUUGCCAGAGCAACUGCUGGGGCGCACCAGCGCCAGGACCUGAAUAUGUUGUGCGAGCAACAUAUCACUACUACAAUCCUGCGCAGAACAAUUGGGACUUGUUGGCAGUCAGUGCUUAUUGCUCAACAUAUGAUGCUAACAAGCCCUACUCAUGGCGCAGCAAAUAUGGCUGGACUGCUUUCUGUGGAUCGGGCUCUUCCUUCCCUGAUGCUUGCGGCAAAUGCUUAAGGCUAAGAAAUGUAAGAACUGGAGCCACAAUAACUGCAAGGAUUGUUGACCGAUGCAGCAAUGCUGGCUUAGAUUUGGACUACAGCACUGUGUUCCAACCUCUGGACACCGAUGGGGUUGGAUGGCAACAAGGCUCUAUGGACGUCGGCUACACUUUUGUUGACUGUGGCGACGGGCUUAGUGAUCAUCCUUUGAGUUCUAUUAUUGAUGAAAAGUCUUCUUGAUUGUAAAAUAAAUGCUAAAGAGUGAUCUGCUAAUAUGUAUCACGAUGGGUUGAGGGUUGAAUAAACUUUGGAACGUUAUUCCAAAGGAUUGCCUGUCUGUAAUGUUCUUUCUUCUGAGAACGUUGAGUUUGUCUCUCGUUGUA